AUGGAGGAACUUAAAUGUUAAUUUAAAGCUCAUAAGGAUCAUCCAAUUAUAGGAUUUUGCACUAAUAUGAACUGUUUAACGAGUACAUCGUUUUGUUUUAAAUGUCUACCUAAAUUACAUUUGGAUCACCAUAAUGACUGUUUAGAAUUCAACCCCUUAAGGGUCUUAAUAAAUGAACAUUUGCAAACACAUAAUUAAUUGGUUAACUUGCAAAAUGAGUUGAUAGUAGGAAUUCAAAAAUAUUAAACAAAAAUGGUUCAAUAUAAUUAAAGAUUAGAGGAGAUGGAUAACCAUUUAAAAAAUAAAUCGUAUCUAACUGUUAAAUAAUUCAUUCCCUUCAUAAAAUAUUUGUAAUGGUAGGGAACUGAAAAGAAACAAAGUAAUAUUAAUUUUUGAUUUAAGGAUUUUUGAUAAUGGAAUUGAUUAAAAUUAUUGAAACAUUAAAAGCAUUAACAAAAGAUUAAUUAAGUGUGUAAUAAAAGAGAAGCAAUACUACAAACGAUAAAUAAGAGACAGGAUUGCAAAGCGGAUUAUGUAAAGAUUAAAAAGCUUAAAAACUCUAUCAAAAAGAUUAAUGCAAAAGAUAGAAAAUUUUAGAGAGAGAAUUACUCAAUAACCAAUAGUAGUUAUAAGCAUUAAAAUUUGAUGAUGCUUUAAAAUAAAAUAAUAAAGUUGACAGGGAAUUUCAUUUUCCAGCUGAAAAAGUAAACUUUAAUUUCUUUUAAAUUGGUAAUUCUUUAAAUAAUUUGAAUUUUUUUUUUGAAGCCAUUGAGUGUUAUGAUUUAGCUUUAGAGAUAAAUCCCAAUAAUAGUGAUGCUUUUAAUCUUAAAGGUAAUAAAUUCUUUAUAAUAAAUAUUAUUGAGGCAAUUCAUUACACAAUUUGAAUCUUUUUGAGGAAGCUAUUGAAUAUUAUGAUAAAUCUAUAUAGAUCAAUCCGAAUGAUUGUAAUGCAUUUUAUAAUAAGGGUAAAUGAAUUAUUAUAUAUAUACUCUUUUUAGGUUUAUCAUUAUAAAAUUUGAGUCGUUAUUAAGAAGCCAUCUCUUGUUAUGAUAAAGCUAUAGCGUUGAAUCCUGCUGAUUAUGAUGCUUACAUAAAUAAGGGUAAAUGAGCUAGUUCUAUUGAUGUUAUUUAGGUUUAAUAUUAAAUGAAUUUAAUCGCUACUAGGAAGCUAUUGAGUGCUACGAUAAAGCCUUAUAAAUCAAUGCUAAUAAUUAUGAGGCCUUUAAAAAUAAGGGUAUUCUUACUAUUCACUAUUUAUUUUAAAUAGGCAUAACAUUACACAAUCUUGAUUGCUAUGAUAAAGCCAUAGAGUGCUAUGAUAAUGUGUUAUAGAGAAAUCCUAAUGAUUAUGAUACACUUAUUAAUAAGGGUAUUAAGUUCUUUAAAAUAUCUUUCCAUUAGGACUCUCAUUACUUAAUUUAAAUCGUUACUUAGAAGCCAUAAGUUGCUAUGAUUAAGUUUUAUGGAUUAAUCCUGCAGAUUGUGAUGCAUUGAAUCUAAAGGGUAUUGAGUUCUUAACUUGCGCAUUAAUUUAGGUUUAUCAUUAAACAAUUUAAAUUAUUAUGAAGAAGCUAUAGUUUGUUAUGAUAAUGCUUUGAUGAUCAAUCCAAGUGAUUAGAAUGCCCUUAUAAAUAAAGGUUAAUCACUACUUAAAUUAAUGUAGGAAAUUCAUUACAUGAUUAGGGAUGCUAUGAGUAAGCUAUAGCUUGCUAUGAUAACGUUUUAUAGAUCAAUCCUCAUGAUUAAGAUGCACUCAAUCUUAAAGGUCAUGAGUUCUAAAUUAUAUUUUUUAUUUAGGCAUAUCAUUACAUGAUUUCAACCGUUAUUCCGAGGCAAUAGAGUGCUUUGAUCAAACUUUGACAAUUGAUCCAAAUGAUUUUGAUGCUUUCAAUCUUAAGGGUAAGUGAGUUCUUAAUUUAUAAUUCUCUAGGUCUAUCAUUACACUAUUUGGAUAUUUAUAAGGAAACAAUUAAAUUUUACGAUUCGGCUUUAAAGCGUAAUCCAAAUCCUAAUUAUAUGAAAAGUAAAGGUAGCAUGCUCUAUAUUUGUUUUAGCUGAUGCAUUAUUUAAAAUUGGAAAAAGGGAAGAAUCUAAGGAAUGGUACAUAAAUGCCAGAAAUGCUGGGUUUGAUAAAGAUAUUAUCGAUAAUAUCAUGAAGGUAUUUAUAUGA